UAUUUCUUUUUUUCUUAGGUCCACUGUUAACAAUGGCCGCCCCCUCACUGAACCCUGAACAUUUGCUCAUAGGCAAGAUGACAAAUAUGUUCUCUUCUCCUUUAUCUAUUUUUGAACUAUUACUGUAUUUGGAGAAACUAAACAUAGAGGAAUUAAACAGAUUCAAAUUACUCCUGAAGGAUGAGAUGAUGGGAACUGGAGACUACCAGAUACCCUGGACUCAAGUGAAGACCAAAGCAAGUGUUCUGGCUAAGCUGAUGGAUGAGUACUACUCAGUAGAGCAGGUCUGGAAUGUAACACUUAAAAUCUUUGAUCAGAUGAACCUGAAGUUUCUGUGUGGCAGACUAAAAGCACAGAGAACCUGGGCAGAUCAGAUCAUUCCACAAGAUGCCAGAACGGAACCAGCACAAGACACUCAGAGCUCAGUGCUGGGUGAAGGAGAAGAAUACAGAAUUAGAAUAAAGGAAAAAUUUGGCAUCCUGUAUAGUAAACUUUUGCCUGGAGAAUCUGAUUUCUGUGAUGGAAUUUUGCGGGAAGAUGAAAAACUUUUGGAAACUAUGUUUGAGGUUGUCACAACUGGCAAGGAGCCAGAGAGAGUAGUGCUUCAUGGGGCUGCUGGAAUUGGGAAAACCACAUUGAUGAUAAAGGCAAUGUUAGCUUGGGCAGAGGGGCGUCUCUUCCAGAAGUUUGACUAUGUCUUUUAUCUUAAUGCAAAAGAAAUUAACCAUCUAAAAGAAAAUAGCUUUCUUCAAAUGAUAUCAAAGUACUGGCCCAGUACAGAAGGCCCUAUUGAAAAAAUCAUGAUGAAGCCAAGUCGUCUUCUUUUUAUUAUUGAUGGUAUUGAUGAAAUGAAUUUUGCCUUUGAGGAACCCGUGGAUGCACUGUGUAAAGAAUGGAAUCAACUACACCCAGCGUCCUUCCUCAUGAGUAGUUUGCUAAGAAACAGAAUGCUCCCUGAGUCAUCUUUAUUGUUGACAGCAAGACUCACAGAUAGCAAGAAACUAAAGCUUUUGAACAAAGCACGCUUCAUAGAGAUGCACGGUAUGACGGAAGAUGCAAUAAAGGAGUUUAUUUUCCAGCUAUUUGAAGACAAGAACUGGGCCUUAGAAAUGUUCAAUUCGCUGCAAGACAACGAAACGCUUUUUAGCAUGUGCAAAGCCCCCCAAGUGUGCUGGGACAUUUGUAACAGUCUGAAGCAACAAGUGGAGAAAGGUGGUAAUGUCACAUUGGCCUGCCAAACAAUUACUGAGGUAUUGACUUGUUGUAUCUCUGACUUGUUCCAACCAACCAAGGACUGUCCUCGUGUACCCAGUGAAAUUCAACUAAAGAGAUUGUGCUAUUUGGCUGCCAAAGGCAUAUGGAACAUGACAUAUGUCUUCUAUAGAGAAACCUUAAGAAAGCAUGGCUUACUUAAUUCUGAUAUCUCAGUUUUCCUGGGCAUGAACAUUAUCCAGCAAGAUGUAGAGUAUGAAAGCUGCUAUGUGUUCACCCACAUACAUGUACAGGAGUAUUUGGCAGCUCUGUCCUAUAUGUUGGAAGGUGAUUGGGGAAUGAAGAGUGAUUCCUUUCAGUCUUUUGAACACUUGAAAUUGUUACUUGAAAGCAAAAUGUAUAACAGUCCCCAUUUGAUUAAUAUGAAAUGUUUUUUGUUUGGCCUGUUGAAUGAAAAUCGAAUUAGACGACUGGAAAGAUGUUUAAACUGCACAAUGUUACUGGACGUAAAGGAUAAGAUUCUUCAGUGGGUGAAAAGAUUAGGAUCUAGAAAGUAUUUUCCAUCACGGCCGGAAUUUCUGGAUCUAUUGCAUUAUCUGUAUGAGACCCAAGAUGAAGCAUGGGUAAAACAGGCAAUGAAAUCUUUCCAAAAGGUUGAAAUUGAUAUUUGUGAGAGAAGACAUAUGACUGUAUCUUCUUACUGCCUUAAGAACUGUCAGUGUUUACAACACAUUAAACUGUGUAAAAAAGUGGUAUCUCAGAUGCUAAAAUCAAGCCUAAAAACUGAAACUUGGCAAAGACAAGCUGAUGAAAUUUCUAAAGGCUGGCAAGACCUCUGCUCUGUGCUUCAUACAAAUAAAGACUUGAGAGAAUUGGAAUUGUGGCAUAGUGACCUUGAUGCAUUAACUCUGAAGACGUUAGUUGCAGAACUAAGGCACCCAGACUGUAAACUACGAAAACUAGUGUUGAAAUAUGUUUCUUUCCCUGAUGGAUGUCAAGAUAUCUUUAGCAGUUUGACUCAGAGUUGUAAUCUGAAUCAUCUCUAUGUGAAAGGGUAUAAUAUGAAGGACCAAGAUGUAAAAUCAUUAUGUGAAGGCUUGAAACAUCCAAAAUGUAAACUGCAGGAUUUGGGCUUGGAAUCCUGCAGUUUAACUACAGAUUCUUGUGUAAAUAUCUCUGAAGCUCUCAUCAGAUAUCAGAACUUGAUAAAUCUAAGUCUUUCAACCAAUAGUUUAUCUGAUAAAGGAGUGAAGCUGUUGUGUGAGGCUUUAAGACAUCCAAAAUGUCAACUGAAGAGAUUAUCUUUGAUGGAUUGUAAUCUCACUCGUGCAUGUUGUCUUGAACUGGCUUCUGCUAUUUCGAACAGCCCAAACCUGUAUAGGCUGAACCUUGGGGAAAAUAACUUAGAGGAUGAUGGAGUAAAAAUCCUGAAUGAGGCUUUGAGAAAUCCAACAUGUAAUAUUCAGAGACUCGGGUUGGAAUACUGUGGUUUGACCUCUCACUGUUGUCAGGAUCUUGCUUCUACUCUCAGAACCAGCCCCAAACUGAUAGAAAUAAACCUGAUAAAAAAUAAGUUAGACCUUGAAGGAAUUAAGAAGCUAUGUGACGUUUUGAAGUCUCCCCAGUGUAAGCUACAAGUGCUAGGGUUGUGCAAAGACGAUUUUGACGAGGUGGUCAAGAAAAUGUUGGAAGAAGUAGAAUUAAGCAAUUCACAGUUAACCAUUAAGUCCAAUUAUAAAGAAGAUCGUUCCUGGUGUUGGUUUUUGUAAUUUGAAGAAACUUUUUGCAAACUAAACUAAGGACUUCAGAGACCUGAGGCUGUUAUCUUUAGGUACUCUGUACCCAAAUAUUGUUGUAUUUGAUGUUUGUUGGUUGUUGGUUUGUCACUUCUCUAUAAAAUGUUCUACUGCACGCGGUGCUAAGAGGCUAAAAUAAAGUGAGAAGCAGAAAGUU